AUAUCUGCAGUGAAAGUAAAAAUCGUCAACGAUGUGUGAAGCGACAUACGUGUAUCUACGCUUUUAAGGACAACCGAAUUGUGUCCAAAGAAUGACAAUGGACUGAGAAGAAAUUGAUUCCUAUAUUGAUUAUCAAUUCUAUGCAUGUUUUAUCAUUCAGAAAGUUACAGAGAAAGAAAGUAUAAAGGUGAGACGCAACCAUGCUACCUUUAUUCUUUAAUACUCGUGUGAAUCGUAUCGAAUGUCGUCGGGAUGCGUUUUUACAUAGUUUUUUAUAUAAUUUUUUUAUAUAUGACAUUUAAUAUGAUCGAUGAGAUGGAGUGUACAAUCAUAACAGACACAAAGAGGACUUUACCGUCUGAUUUUUGGCCAUCCAAUUGGUGGAAAACCUUACAGAAUCUUUUGUUAAACGGUGGACUUCGAAAAUUACGUAAAAAUACUGAAGCCGGUAUUCUCAGGCUGGUUUCUCCUUUGAAUGGAAAAACCGGUCCUAUAAUGAUUGCGUUCAAGCCCGAGGACGGUCCACGAGCUUCUUACGCCUAUCAGCAAAGAUUCGGAUUUCGUGGUUGCAGACUUAUUGAAUUACUGGGAACCGGUUUUAAUUCCUAUCAACAAGGAAUCAAGCAACCUUUGUUAGCAUUCUCACUAACUCCACCUCUUCCAUCUUCUUGGCGAACGUUUUCAAGAGAUGCCUCUUCAGAAAUAAUUUAAUUAUAAUGAUGAC